AUGACGGAAGAAGAAAGUAUUGAUAUAGAAAAAGAGCUCGACGAACUCUUGACGAAAGUCCAGCCAGACCUUCAGGAUGUUAUCAAAAGAAGUUUCACGAAUGUUGCUCUGCAACAAACUAAAAAUGGGGAACAAAUUAAGCCAGAUAUUUUGGAAGACGUUUCUUAUUUUGCCAAGAAUACGCAAGUAAACUUAACAAGAAUAGAAUUAUUAAGACCACCAACAUUCCACAUGCAAGCUGUAUCAUUGGAUCUGAAGUCAAUGGGACUGACAUUAAGAUGUUCCCUGGGAGAAGUCAAUAUAAAAGGACUGUAUAGUGCAUUUAAUGAAAACCUAUAUAAUCUCAUACCAGUCAUGGCUGAAGGGCAUGUUGUCAUAUCAUUAUCAAAUGUAACUGCCGAUGUUAAUGUGGGAUUGGUGAUAGAAGACGAUGCAUACUCGUUUAUAAAUCCUGGAGUAGAGUUCACCCAUGAUGAAGUCCUAGUUAAGUUAUCUUGGCCAUCGCCGCAGAGAAAUGGAGGAUACGAAUUUGUAACCACAGAACAAUUAGCGAAGCAUAUAGAUGAUCUGCCGCUCACAGCAGCGAUAUCUCUACCACUAUUCGCUUUACUUCAACAUAAACUGGAACGACAUUUAAGACAAGUCUUACGACAAGCCACCAGCGUCUCAGACGUAAUGUGCUGUAAUCCUAGUAUGCUAGAGGCUUACAGCUCGAUGGUGGACAGAUUAGCUGAAAAUGGCAACAGAGUAGUUGAUCUAGUAUUGAUCAAUAUGAGAAGAACUCUACUGCAGACAUGUAGAGAAGUUCUCGAGCUGCCACCAUUACAUGCUACUUUUUUGCAUAAGAUAGGGUCUGUAUCAUUUAUCGGUAAAUUGGAGACAGACACUGGCUGGGUGAAAAACUUGGCGACCGUCAACCGCAUCAAUGACGUCAGCGUCUCGCGACCUGACCCCAUGCAGACCAGCUUCCAAGUCACACUUAGUAUAAAGGACUUACAAAUCGGCUACGACGAGUACCGCAUCAAAGCGAUGGGCGUGUCGUGCUCGGGGCGCGCGGAGGCGUCGUUCCGCGACAACGCGCUGCGCCUCGCGCUCCGCGUGGGGCUGGCGCGCUGGGAGCCCUACGCGCAGCUCGACGACCUGCGCCUCUCGCGCCUCGGCGGCAUGGACCUGCACGCCAGCGGGCUGGGCCCCCUGAGCGGCCUGAGCGCGCCGCUCCGCGCCUGGCUGCGCGCCGCGCCCGUCGCCGCCGCCGUCGCCGCGCAGCUGCAGCACGAGCUGCGCACCGCGCUCGCGGAACUGGCGCUGUGGGACGUCGUGCACGCCAAGAGAUAG